CGUAUGAUGGCUGAGACGCGUGGGACACGUUUUGUGGGCUUUGGUUGGAAAGGGUCGAGAUAAAACAGACACGGCGUACCCUGGUGACAACUGGUUUGCGGCUGCUGGUACUAGUGUGGGGAGCGUGUGUUUCACGUUUUGCUUCUCAACACGCAGCAAAUCGUCGUCAGGACCGAAUUUGCCUCUGGAAACGGGAGUUUGAACUUUUUCCACAUUUGACUGCAUGUGCCUGAGAGUCUGACGCUGCAUCUCUUCAAUGGCUGCCUCGGGCUCUUCCUCCACCUCUGUGCCUGAGAGUUUCCACUACGAGACCAAGUACAUCGUCCUCAACUACCUGGGACUCCUGCCCCCCUCUCGGCUGCAGGCCACCGCUGGCGGAGGAGAUGGCCAUUAUGCUGUGGACAGAGAGAGGAACAGAGUAAUGAAGGCACAGCUAGAGGAAGAGCUGAAGCAACUGGAAGAUGAGGUCUCAGACUCCUUCUCCAGUACAGGCUUCGACUGCCAUACAUCUCCAGUGUUUAGCCCAGCCAACCCAGAGAGCUCCAUCGAGGACUGCCUGGCUGUUCUGGGCGACCGGGUGGCCAGAGACCUGGACACACACCUGGCCUCUACUGUACACACACUCCUCAGUGCCCCGCUGGACUACGAGCAUUUCAGAGAAGCAGCACAAGACAUCUCCUGCCACACGCAGAGUGGCUGGAGCAAGGUGCUGGUGCCAUUGGUGCUGCUGCAGGCCCUCCAGGGAGAAGGACAGAUCCUGGCCCACCUGUUACCUCUGGGGGUCCGUUUCCUGGAGGAGGCUGAGGCAGACUACAUCAUCCAGCAGGGAGGAUGGGGUACAGUGUUUAGCCUGGAGGACGAGGAGGAGCAGGGCGUGAUCAUAGCCGAGGACAGCAACGACAUCUACAUCCUGUCUGGAGAACAGCUUCCUGGCCAGCUCAGUCCCCCCGCGUCGCUGCUGGGCACUGGAGACAGCAGUGGGCCGGGCAGCUGGCAGACAGAGAGCUUACCCGUGUCUCUGGCAGGCAACGAUUCCUGGGCACAGGUGAGCAUGAUGGACCACCCCGAAGAUGUCAAGAGUCUGGACAGCAACGAGGGCGCCCUGGCUGAGGAGCGCAGUGAGAACAACUCCUCCAACUCUGACAUUGUGCACGUGGAGCGAGAGGACGCAGAGGAGGGUGAGGGUGGGGCCGAGUUGCAGGAGAGCAUGCUGAGUGUGCUGGGGACGGAGAGCGAGCUGGCUGAGCUGAGGGCGGAGUUUAGGGAUGACACCCCGCUUCCUGUCCCAGCAGCCCCAGAGCCCGUCGUGGUAUAUCUGGAGGAGCCGGUCAUCAUAGAGACGCCUGCUCCCCUGUCAGCAGUUCUGUCAGAGCUGCAUGCUCCAUCGUCUGUCCCCGUGUCAGAGCCCGAGCCCUCUGCUCCAGACCCUAAGAUUGAGCCUGAGCCUGCCCCUGUUGUGGAGGCAGCACCACCAUCCCCCGCCAAGGCACCCUCUACUCCCCCAUCAGCAAAGCCAGUUCCAGAACCAGAGCCUGUUCCAGAGCCAGUCGCAGCACCGCCAGAGCCAGUUCCAGAGGAGCCCCAGCCUGAACCUCAGUCAGAGACUGUGCUGGAGCCGGCUGCAGCGCCCCUCCUGGAGGCACUCCCAGCUCCUUUGGCCCCAGCCGAGGAGCCCCCGGUGCAGACGGAACCAGAGCCCAAGUCGGAGAUCCCAGUGCUGCUGUAUGGUGGAGCUGCUCUGGUGGCCCUUGUUGCUGUGGUGACCUGGGGAGUCAUGACCCACCGGAAGAAGUAGCCUAGCAGUGCUCCUGAACCGGGUUGCAGACCUCACCUCCUCCCUGGUCCCUGCCUGGCUCACUGCUGCUAAUCUGGGCCCGCCACUACCAGGUGGACAACACCAUGUGAACAAUUACUUAUUUUCCUUCUCUCCAUUUUUGUUUUCCCCCGUUCUCCUCUCUGCUCAUCUGGCAAUUUGAUAUGUUUUUCUUCAGUUGCUGCCUCCAACCCAUCACCUCUCAAACUGGAAAGGACCUUUGUCAAAUUUUCUAGCGGUUUCUAUGUUUUCCAGGUGCUUGGUUCUGUUCGAUGCCAUGCGGAUGCACGUCACAGACACACCCUGUUUGUAUGUUACUCUCUCGGCUGGAGCUUGGGGUACCUCUUUGUCCUCAGAGCCUAGUGGGUGUAGCGCAGAAGAGUCAGAAUUCCCUGUUCUAUUGCAGGGAAAAGGGAAGCUAUUCCAAUAUUUUCAUAUACAAAAAUCUAAGUUCUGAUCACAUUAUGUCCUCUGAAAAGGAAACCUGUCUUCAAGGAUUAGAUGAGCAUGUUUGUUAAGACAAUUAACUAAUCAUGAUUAGACUUUUGAUUUGUUUUUAGAAUUCACUGUACUGGAGACACUGAUGUGCCUAUAAAAUAUUUCUGCAGAA